AUGGAACAGAACAGAAUAGAAAGAUUACGUUCAAAAUACAUAGGACUUCACUCCUCUCGAUUCCAAUCCUGCUUUAUUACUCGCAGCGAUACCCCUUCAGUUUAUUACGCAAAAGGUAGCUAUGUAUGCAAGCGCAAUGCAGAAAGCUUAGACGAGAUUUAUUCCUUUAAAGCUCAUGACACAUCAAUUAUGGUGCUUCUCCCAAUCCCUAUUCUAAAUCCAACUCACUUAAUUUCACUUACAUAUUCAGGAGAUAUGGGUUUAUACACACUAGAGGGUUCUCUUCUUCACUAUUUGGAAAUUGAAAACCAAAAUCAAGGUUUUCAAAAAAUUCUCACUCCCUCUCAAUCUGAGCAAAAAAUUUUUUGAUUUAUAAUGAUAAUUAUUAUAAUGAAUCUCUUGCUAAUUCCGUUGAAUUUUAAACUGCUUGCAUUUUAAAACAUAAAUUAAAUUAUUUUCGCGAAUCAGGAUUUUUUUAAAUUGAAAAAAAUACUACGAAAUAAUUUUUUUUUUAAAAAAAAAAUUAGAACCCCUCAUAAGCGGGCAAUUUUUUUUUGACAACUCACGAAGGGGGAGUCAGACAUGGCUGCACCAAUAAUCUUGGAACUUUAUUAGCAACAAUUUCGCUAUAUGGGAACUAUAAUGGCAUUAUUGAAGUCUGAAAAGUCAGCAUUGAUCAAGGGUUUUCAAAAAUUUUGACAUUUAGAGGGAACUAUAAAAAUUGUGAAUUUUCGCAUCUGGAUCAUUUAUUUAUGUUAAGAGAAACAGCUAUUGAUGAUGGAGCACCAUUAAGCCAGCAUCAAAGUGAUUUACCGAUUUCUGAAGAAAACGCACUUGUUGAUUUUUUAUUAGAAGAAGAAAAUGAGCCAAUUGAGGAAUAUCAAGAAAGGAUAGGAAAAAGGCAUCAAAAGGUGAUAAGCUACUACAUUUCUUUAACAAAAAAUUUAGAAGGCAACAUAGAGCAGGAUUUUAUUUUUUAUCCAUGCUAUGCAAGGGUAAGUUGCAUAAAGUCAAACCACCUUGGCCAAGUUGUCCUUGGAUUUUUGACCAGAAUGAUCGUUGUCUGAGACAUAGAAACCUUGACACCUCUUCAUACACUUCAUAUGGAAGGCAAUGGCUCUAUCUCAUGCAUUGAAUUUAUUGGCACAAAUGUAUAUUUUUCACCUCUAUCUGAAUAUUUUUGUAGGUUUUCAAUUAAUCAGCCUCAGUUUGAAAAAUUGUUUGAUGUAAAAAAUGGGUCUUAUCCUGAGCUUUAUAUUGUUAGGACAAACCAAGAGUGGAUAAAUAGAACGACUUGAUAUUAUGGCUGGGUAGUGCCUGAGGUUACUCUUAUUGGGUUUAAUGAAAAUGGAAUAUCAAAUGCAAGGUUUAAGAAUUUUUUAGAGGGUGGAGAAAUUAUUGAAAGUAAGCAUAUUAAUUUGUUUAAGGUUACGUGUUGUGGGCUGUCGAUUAAUCCUCAAGGAACUCAUGUAGCGGUUGGAGACUUUGAUGGUAGUGUUAUGAUAUUUACAUUAGAUAACGGUACACUUGUAACAAGAACGCAUGUUAAUACUAGUGUUCGAUGCAUUGAAUGGGACUUAGAAGGAAUAAAUCUUUACAUUGGAACUCUAGAUGGACAAAUAAUCUUCAUAUCCAACGUGCUCGGCCAAAUUCAAGAGCCAAUUACAUUAGUUACAGUUGAAGAAAGCGUAAUCUGCAUGAGCUGAAAAGAAGCACCAAUCAAAAACCUUAUGGCUGUAGGGACAACCAAAGGCGACCUUUUCAUCUUCACAUACCAAGAUGGCAUUCUUUAUAAAGAGCAGAAGAUUCUGGCCCAUGAUAAACAAGAAUGAAACGAUGAUGCCAAAUUUGGAUCUUUAUCCUUAUUCAGCGAAAUUUGGACCUUAGCCUGAUCUCCAAGCUCUUCAGAAAUACUUGCAACUGGUUCUGAAGACCAAACUGUAUCAGUUUGGAAUUGGAAAACUAGUGAAUGUUUAGUUACUCUUCCAAAACACAAAAGAGCUGUCACUGGGGUCCGAUGGGCGGCUAUAUCUGAAACCAAUAUAAAAGGCAGCAUAUUAACAGAAAUUUUCGUAACUUGUUCUGACGACCAAAGUCUAAGACUAUAUGACCCCAAAGCCUGAACAAUGCUUCAUGUUUUUAAUACCAGCAUCAUCAAAGAAUGGCACACAGUCACCUACGCUUCAAUAGACGCAGUAAAAUCCCGUGUUGCCUGUGUAACUCAAAACGGAAACCUAUUCAUCAUAAAUUUAAGCACCCUAGACUACGACUUUAUAGGAAGAAUCCACAAUGGCUCAAUUGAAGGCUUAGACUGGAAAGGUGGCUACAUCGCUACCUGCUCUGCCGAAGUGUUAGCUUGCAUUAUAGAAAUUUAA